GUCGUGGGGGCCUGUCUUCUGCUCACACUCUUCCUGCUUUGCAUAUCUGCUGUGUGACAUUUAAAUUAUAACUGCAGACUUUUUUCUAUCACUGUGACUGCAGCAGGAGACACUGGGCAAAGGUUUUUGACCAUGAAGAAGCUAACACCUUUAGUUUUCGCUCUUAUAACCGAUUUUCUCGCAUCGGCGACUGUCGUGCAAGACUUCAAUCACGUUGAGAGAUGCAAGGACUCCCUGUACAUGGGGACGCCGCCACGGGGGAUUAUCGAAAGCAAACUGAAGAAGAUCUGCCAACGCUACGCUGACAAACCCCGAUACGUGACCCUGUACGACCCUCACAAAAGGAUUCCGGUUUACUCGGCUUACACCUUCAAGAAAACAGAGGGAGACAGACGUGUGGAUUACCCCUGGAUGUAUGAACCACAGCUGGCCGAAGUCGAUGGAAAUGGAAACAUGCUGCCUUUCCCCACUGGCUACCUGCACAUGAAGUUUGAGGACAGCCAGGCCGUGCUUGAUGACUACUCUGAUGUGGUGCUUUACGAGAGAGGUCACCUAAAUCCAGACCAGCACCAGUCCACUCCACACGACCGGGCGGCCACUUACACCCUGACCAACGUGGUCCCAGAGAUCCGGGAGUUCAACAUCGGGCCUUGGCGCGAGUUUGAGGAGCGGAUCCGACUCCGCCUCAACAACUUCUGCCGUGGCACUGCCUACAUCGUCACUGGAGUGACCACGAGGGGCAACAUGAUCCGUCGCAACAACCAGGACCGCGUGGCCAUCCCAGAAGAUGUGUGGUCCGCUUACUGCUGCACCGACUACGACCGGAACGCACCCCACCCCGUUCGCAUUCGCUUCCCAUCCUACGCGGCUUUGGCCAAAAACGCGAAAGAGACCACCACCGUUCACGAGAUGUCCGUCCAGGAGCUUGAAAACUUCCUGAAAAAUAACAUGGAUGUUGACCAGAACCUCCAGCUCUUCUACGAUAACUGUAUUUCUCCUUCACCCCUUCCUCUGUACCUGCAACACACCAUCUGAAAGCACUGUCAGUUACACCUUCUCAGUGCAUAUGGCUUUCUCUUUACUUCCACGAAUAAUAGAUGUUUGUGCUGUUUUGCAAAGCUUAAUAUAAGGAAAUACAAUCAGAUAUACCCAUAAUUCUCCACACUGGUGAUUUAAUUUGCAAUUUGUUAUUCUUUGAAAAAAAAUUCUCAAGAAACCGAGCAGUUUUUGUUGUCAGCUAUAUUGUCUAGAUGCAGGUUUUCUUUCAUUACCUUAGCAUCUUUUCAUUACUUUUGUUGACAGGAAUUAAAAUACAAGUGUAUCAGAUGCAACAAAAAUGGUCUCAUUCAAUAAAAUAUCCUAAAUUACCUUCUUGAAUUGUUUUUGUGUUACUUCUAGAGAAAGCAUUUGUACAUGUACACAAAAUACGGACGCAAAUGUGUCAUUAUUCACAGCGACACGGGUAAAAAAAAAAAACCCAAAACAACACAAAAACACAAGAACAUCCUUUUUCACUACAGCUACUGUUCCUUCUGGUCAUAUACUUCAAAAACAUAAUGUACAGCUGUGGUGGAACAUAAAAUAGUUUUCAUUCAUCAUAUCCUAAAACUUACAACAGUUAUGGCAGUUGUAAAAAUUAGAUUUGAAUUUUAUGUCUGCCUGAUGUGUGUUAGUGUCUUUUAUCAUUUAGUUAGAGAUUAAACUCUUCUUAAUUUAAUACUAAAUCCACAGGCAUUCAAACACAUUUCUUGUGGAGUUUUAACUAGAAAACCAAAAGGAUUUGAGAACUUGUAUAAACAUAACAUGUACAUUUAAUCAUUUAAAAGAGAGUUAAAAGUCAGGACUUGUUCCUGUGAGCUGAGGUGUUAAGGUUUUUUUUAGUUCAUUUUAGAAGCAGUAAACUCAUGAGCAGAUAGCUGCUUUUGGAUGGAUACAUUUUAGUUGCACACUGCCAUCUAGUGUCUGAAGAGCAUUGCUGUCUCUGAUGCUGGAUUGCAGAGAGCCCAAGAGAGUAUUGUCUGCAAAGCUAAUUGAGUUAAACUGAAAAAGAAAAGUGCUAUGACAUUACAAUGUGCAUCAGUCAUCUGUUAAUGAUGAAUCCCAUUAGACCUAGCAGGGUGUAAUAACUACAUUCUUAUCGCACCAAUAACUCAACAGUUAUUGAAAGCCCAAAUACGGAUUUAAACGCUAACAAUAUCUGAUAUAUAGUAAGCCGGUUAGAAAUGUCUGCACACAGUUUUCUUUCUUUCCUUUAGGGAACUCUAGUACAUUAAUCUGAAUACUUUUAACACAUGAUCUUGCAACACAGCCGCAGGAAAAACGAGUAUCAAAAUUAUCUAUCGUUAUAGUUUUGCCAAGGCUAUUAUUUAGAGUCUACCCGCGUUAUUUACAAAGCCAAAUGUGUAAUUGAAAAAUGAAAUGAUCAAUUGAUUAGGGAGUAAAAUGUGACUUUGGAGAGGUAAAAAGAGGAGCAACGUACUCUAAAAGUACUUACUCACCAGUGAUAACAAAAUGAAAUAAAUGUAACAGUGGCCAAGAAGGUAUUAAAUGAAUGCUACAUUGGGGCUCGAAGGAGUGGAAAGCUUGGCUGUUAGAAGAAAUGCCUUAUACAACAAAAUUGGUGCAACAGUGUAGUUCGGCAUAUUUGCUGUAAUAAUCUACUGUGUACAACAGCUGAGUAAACAUAGAUCAGAGGACGACUCCCCUUGCAAAACUGCUGCUGCCAAGUUAUUUCAGGAUUUGAAAUGAAAAUCAUUUGAAUGUGAAUUAAUGGAGUGGCAAUCCCAGCUCAGUUUGUGUUGCUUUCCACAACAUUUAAUACAAUGGAUAGCAUAAUACUCAUAAUAAGCUUCAUCUACUAUUGAAACGUCAGUAUAGGUAUGGAAGCAUAUGGAAAGGACAGGGUUCUUUAAAAGCCCACGUCACCGCCUGAUGUGCACAACACAAAAGUAAGCCUAUAAUAUUUUAAUUUAAUGCAUGAUGAUGAAGCAUACAGUAGGUGUUUCCAAACUCAGCUGAGAUUUACUAGCUCUGUCCUCCUUUCAGUUAGUUUACAAAUGGGAGCAACUUACAACAUGAUGAAAGAUAAGCAGAGUUGAGAGUUCAAACGCUAAUGAACAUGUGCUGCAAUCAGUACAAAUAUAGCGAAUGCAGCAAUAACCUCUUAAAAAAUACUAUUUGCAUUCCCUCAUUUCUGGGACUGAGUUUAAAAAAAGUUAUUAUUAUUAAGCUACUAUUGUCAUUAUUUUGCUCAGGUCUGGAAAAAUUUUAUUGUGAAAAUGAAGCAGCUUAAACAGCACAAAGACACAUGGGCAGAGCAAGGUGAGGUGGCUAAGGCUACCUGUUAUAAUAUAUAAUAUAUAUUAUUAUAAUAUAUAUUAUAUAUAUUGAAGUACGGGCAGUGCAGUUUGGUUUAGAGGAAUGUGCAGAUGUUGAGAGUUACACACUUAAGCAUGACCUGACUGACUACAGGAAAACAAGACAUGCUAUACAUGGAAAUGUCCCAGAGGACAAUUUUAAACAUUUACGCAGCCAAUAUAUUAAAGAAUAUUAAAAAAAAAAAAAAAAAAGGUACAAAUAAAAAUUUGCGGUGUUGUAAACUUUCAUUUAAGGAAUUCCAAUAUUAUCUUAUAUGAAUGUUUUCAAAUUAAUUUCGGCCAAUGCCAAAAAGACAGUAAAAGGAAACAGUAAAAACACACCAUUAGCCAAAACCUGUUCAGCUUUUAGGCUUCCUUAUGACACUUUUCUUAACUUUAAGCAAACAAAUUUAACACAAGCAUUAGCAGCUAAACUAGCUAUAAUGACAAUUACCCUUAGCAGCUUAGGACUGCUAGAGACAACUAAAGAUAUUUACUCAGAAGUUGGUUCAAACCAAACCAGUAUAUUAAAAUAUAAAUAAAUACCAGACUUAAAUUCAACAAGCAGCCAAAAAAUAAAGCAUUGCUCAAUUUCUUCUGGUUUCUCCUGCUUCAAAUGGUCACAUAGCCUUUUACUAGAUGAGUCUGUUUAGUAAUCACAAAGUGCAGAGUUCUUCUGCCCCCAAGUGGCCGAAUAAAGUCUUACAGUUUUAACAACAUCUAAGGGGGGAAAAAAAAGAAAAAAAAGGAUGGCAAUGCUUUUGUUUAAGAAUGUUUUUUAAUGUUUUCCAGUUCAGAUACACAACAUACAGUGUGUAAUAGCCUCUAUUUGAAAUAGAAAUAUUAACUUUAAUUCUUUCAACCCCUUCUGGUCAUUAUGCUCUCUCACAGUAUCUUAAGCCUCAAGCAGGUUACUGAAUCAGACUAAAUGAAACAGACAAACAGGUGCAAGCCUUCACUUUACGAUUCCGGCAUAAAAUGUUAGAAGAAGAAGAAGAAGAUAUUUGGAUCUGUGUGAUGCUUUCCCCCCAUUCCUUUGCCUCAAGCCAACAUCAAAACUGUAGUGUAAACAUGUAAACCUGGUGAGUGUGCUUCCAUUAUCGGUUGGCCGGUCCAAACUCUUGUUACAAAAGAAAAGAGAAGUAGUACUCUGCAGCGCUGUUUUUGGUAGCAUGGGGCAACUCACAUCAAACAGCUGGGCCAGUAAUCCCACAAACAGAAUGUGCGGACUAAAUUGCAAAAGGUGACAAAACAAAACCACUGAGAUUCGGAAAUAAGACCAAAGGAGCACCAAGGAUUUCACAACCUUCCACUUACAGGUUCGACUGUAUGACAACGCUCAAGACAAUGUGAGACACGAACAAUUAAAUCCAACAGCAUCACAAGUAAAAUUCCUUGAUUUGCGGUUUGUUUUGAGCACAUCUGAAGCAUCCAGCUCGUAUUUCUCAAAUCCUCCCCUUUCCUACAUUCCUUCGUCUGUCUUCUGCAGCUGUUCUUUGGCUUUUUCCACCAAUGAAAGGACUCAUUUCACUCAAAAGCUGCCCCCACGACUGAUGGGAUAGUACCAGGUGUGUAUGUUUUAGACAACCAUAUAAGAGCAUUUUUUUUUAUAUAUAUAU